GCCAGUGAAAUUCAAUUUUUGUCCACGCCCAAAAUAUCAGUGUUUGAUGGGGCAGAGAGGAGCUGUGCGGGACGAAGUUACAGGAGCACCAUGGGGAAGUUAAUAGUAAUAGGCAUAAUUGUCGCUGUAGUUGCCGCUUUUAUCGGACAAAGAAUUGUCGACUUAAGGAGAAGAGUGCUAUUUAGCAGACCACUCGAGCAAAACCACCUUCCGAACUGUAAGGCGAUUAAAGGCCUUGACUAUGGAUCAGAGGAUAUCACCAUGCUUCCAAAUGGGCAGGCCAUCAUUAGCACAGGGUUGAAGUUUCCUGGCAUGCCAUCCUUUUCCGAUGCUCCUGGAAAGAUCUACACUCUGAAUCUGGAGGAUUCCAGGCUGAAACCAGUGGAGCUCCGCAUUGGACGAGGCUUCGAUAUUGAUUCCUUUAAUCCACAUGGAAUCAGCACUUACAUUGAUGAGAAGGAUCUUUCCAUACACUUGUUUGUUGUCAAUCAUCCUGAAGGCAAAAGCCAGGUUGAGAUCUUCCAGUUUGUAGAACAGGAGAAUUCCAUUGUGCAUCUGAAAACAAUUAAGCAUGAACUGCUGCACAGUGUGAACGACAUUGUGGCUGUGGGACCAGAGAGCUUCUAUGCGACAAAUGAUCACUACUUUGAAAAUGAAAAGUUGAAACCACUGGGAAUGCUUUUGGGGCUGGCCUGGUGCACUGUGGUUUACUACAGCCCUGAAGAGGUCAAGGUGGUGGCAGAUUAUUUCUACUCAGGCAACGGCAUUAACAUCUCCCCUGACAAGAAGAAUAUUUAUGUGUCAGAUAUACCUGACCAUGCCAUUCAUGUCUUGAAGAUACAGGAAAACAAUACCUUGGGUCAUAUAAAGGUGGUGCCUGUGGGGUCACUCUGUGACAACAUAGAUGUAGAUGGUGACACAGGUGACUUAUGGCUGGGUUGUCACCCAAAUGGUGGGAAAUUAAUGCAUUAUAAUCCUGAGGACCCCCCUGGAUCUGAGGUCAUCAAGAUUCAGGACAUCUACUCAGAGAAGCCUGUUGUGACCCAGGUAUAUGCCGAUAAUGGCAGUGUAAUUCAGGGAUCCACAGUGGCCUCAGUCUACAAAGGAAAGCUCCUGAUUGGCUCAAUCUUUCACAAGGCUCUGUGCUGUGAUCUGAAGUAAAUGCUUAAAUCUGAAGUAAAUGAGUGUGUAAAUGCAAAGCCUUUCAUGAUAAAACACUGAAUGAAUCACUGGUGUCACUAAAUUUAAUCUCACUUUUUGCCAUGAGAAAGACUUUUAUUCAAACCAACUGCGUUUUAAAUUAAAAGGAAUUUUUUCACAAAAUUAAGUCUGGCAGUUUCAGAAAUAAACAAAAAUGUAAGAAAUUGACAAAUAACAUCUGAUGGAAUUCAUUACACUGGGUUAAAGACAAAGCACAUGCUAGUUAGAGUGAAUAGACACCUCAACCUAAGCUUCUUAGUUGUUGACUGGACUUAACUGAAGCACCCCCUUUUCUUGGUGUGUGCUGAAAAAGUCAAAGCAGGCCUUUAACAGAAUAGACUGGCAACUCUGUUCAGCAGACUAGAUGUUGACCUAUCAUCUAUGUUUUGUUCCAGCCCUUGAUUUCAUGCCUCCUGCGUUUUUUCAUGGUUGAAGAAACUGAACGAAUAGCUUGGCAUGCAGCUGUAGAAUCUAUUGGCUUUGCUCAGAGGAUUGUUACUGGGUUUUUAAUGAGCGGUCUUGUGAUUUUGUAAGGUCACCUCUAUGUCUGUUCUGAGCCUCAGUCAGUGCCACUUUAAUUUUUCUGAAUAUUUGUCUGUGCAAUCAGUUACUUUCUAAUAACAGAACAAAAUGUGAAACCAUGGCACUACAAACUGGAAUAAACU